UGCGAUUGCCAAAACGACCAAACGUUCAUCUUUGCUGAAAACCUAAAAACAGAGACAUCCUCCGACGAGACAACCCAUCAAUGGCGAGAAGAUCCGGAUCCAUCCUCAAGCGCCUCCUCGCGAACCCGCCUUCUCCGCCGUCAUUCGCUUCCCCUACCCGAUCCAUAACCUACAUGCCUCGACCCGGCGACGGAACUCCACGCGCGGUCACUUUGAUCCCUGGCGACGGCAUAGGGCCAUUGGUGACCGGAGCAGUGGAGCAGGUGAUGGAGGCGAUGCAUGCGCCGGUGUAUUUCGAGAGGUAUGAGGUUCACGGGGACAUGAAGAGGAUUCCCGAGGAGGUGAUCGAGUCGGUGAAGAAGAACAAGGUGUGUCUGAAGGGAGGAUUGGCGACUCCUGUCGGCGGAGGAGUGAGCUCGUUGAAUAUGCAGCUGAGGAAAGAGCUCGACAUCUUCGCUUCGCUCGUCAAUUGCUUCAAUGUCCCUGGAUUGGCGACUCGCCACGAGAAUGUGGAUAUCGUCGUGAUCAGGGAGAACACUGAGGGCGAGUAUUCUGGGCUUGAACACGAGGUUGUUCCUGGUGUUGUCGAGAGUCUUAAGGUGAUAACGAAGUUCUGUUCAGAGCGAAUAGCGAGAUAUGCCUUCGAGUAUGCCUACUUGAACAAUAGGAAGAAGGUGACUGCUGUUCAUAAAGCCAACAUUAUGAAGCUUGCGGAUGGGCUCUUCCUUGAAUCCUGCAGAGAGGUUGCCCAAAAAUAUCCCGGGAUCACUUAUAACGAGAUCAUUGUGGACAACUGUUGUAUGCAACUGGUGUCCAAGCCCGAGCAGUUCGAUGUCAUGGUGACUCCCAAUCUGUAUGGUAAUCUUGUAGCAAACACUGCAGCGGGCAUAGCCGGUGGCACUGGAGUCAUGCCAGGAGGCAAUGUCGGAGCAGAAUACGCGAUAUUCGAGCAAGGUGCAUCGGCAGGGAACGUGGGGAAUAGAAAGCUAGAGGAAGAGAAGAAAGCAAACCCGGUGGCUCUCCUCCUCUCUUCUGCAAUGAUGCUGAGACAUCUGCAGUUCCCUGCCUUUGCAGACCGGCUCGAGACUGCGGUCAAACAAGUUAUAGAGGAGGGAAAGUUCCGAACCAAAGAUCUCGGAGGUAACUGCACCACCCAAGAAGUCGUGGAUGCUGUCAUAGCCGCUCUAGACUGACUCACGAACUCAAUACAGUUUUUGCCUCUACGGUCUUAAGUUGCGGAAAAAAAGUUUUAUGUUUUUUUUUUUCAGGCAACUCUCUUAGCCGAUGUCUCCUCCAUGAUUCUUUUUUCUUUUUAACAAUAAUAUAAUGAUCUUGAGUUUGAUC